AUGUGUACAUUUUUAAAUAACGAUAGAAAUUCACAGGCCUAUCGAUCUCACACCAAUAGUCGGCUCCCUGGGGGACGCAACUAUUGGGAAUAUGAAGCUGAGCAUUUGAGUACCCUAGUUACAUCAGCCACUCGACAUCCACCCGAUCCGGAGUCAAGUCUCAAACGCCUUCAUCAACUUGCGGACUGUAAGCAGAUCACAGUCACUCCUGUCAAACUCAUCCUUCGUGAACAAAAAUACAAGAAAGAGCUUCUCGUUACCAAUAUCACAAAUGGCGAUGUUUGCGAGUGUAUUCCACUUGAAGAUAUCAUAUCACCGAUUUACAAGGAAUCCAAUGACCCAACAGACUCCUACAACAAUCUUCUCAUGUUUAACGUGAAUGCCUCCCUAAGUAAUAAGAGCGGUCCUCCACAACACGAAAUGCAUAUCUUUCAGUGUGUCAGUGCACCAGCACAUGAAAUCGUUGAUGCUCUGGUCGAAAUCCAGGCUAAUUUACAAGACGAUGCGCAUAUUUCGGAGCAGUAUUUGGAGCAAUCUACAUUUGAUUCUAGCCUCCAAAGCAAUCAGCAAGGCCCUGAAAAUGGACUGGAUUCCGUGCUUACUCCUCAGCAAAUGAGAGAGAAAGCACUGAUUGAUGGUGAAAUAGUGCUCUUGAAUAUGUGCUUCGAUGACAUUGAGAGCUACGUGGGCCACAUUUAUAAACUUCAAAGAGCUCGUUGUCUCAAUGUUGGCAAUGCAACCGAUGACAACGUCUCCGUCGCCGGGGUCGACACGAAUAGCAAGAAGAAAAAACGUCGCUUCUUUUUCAAAAAACGCACCGGAUCACCCAAAAGCAAAUCUAAACAGAAUAUGCCUCGUGUCACUAGUAGCACUUCAAUAACCUCGGAAGUUGAAAUCCCCAUUUCCGAUGAUGAGUUGAUAGAUCUAUUUGAGAAAAUCAAAUUUUCCAUCAUUCUGCUUUCUCGUCUGCAAGGUUAUGUCACCGAGCCAAAUCCUCCAACACUUACCCACAAAUUGUUCUCCAUGAUGAGGCAGCCGAUUGAUUUCAUCAGAGAUCCCGUUACUAAUGAACCUGAGAUGGCCAAGAAGGUCAUUUCCCCGCUUUUCCCAGAGGCAGCCAUUAAACUUAUAUUAAACUCCCUUAUUGAGCCCGAACUUAGCUUAUGGCGUGAACUUGGAAAUGGAUGGUGCCUUGAAAAAGAACAGUGGGAUGUUGAUGUGCCUACUUAUAUUCCGCAGUUCAAAUGUGGUUUCAAGCCUCAGCCAGAUCAGUAUCGUCACACUCUCUUCGAUCAACCGCCCCCAAGAAAAAGUAGCACUAUAAAUGGAAUGUCAUCAAGAGGUUCAAGGGCGAAUUUGAUUACGGGACAAGGUAACCAGGGCCAUGAUGAGUAUUUAGCCUACUUACGCAGAAAGGGAGCAAGAGUAGCCAGAGUGACACGUGAUUUCGUGGCUGAAAGUGAACAGGAGAUUUCUCUCAAGGCUGGCGAAUACGUGGAAGUGCUCAAUGACUCGCUGAAUUGGAAUCAACUCCGUAAUAGAAGGGGAGUCGAGGGUUAUGCACCCUUCACCAUUCUUGACUACGAUGUUUUGUAG